AAAAAUCCCUAGACGCCAUCCGAAUUUCCCAAUUGUGGCAUAGGAAUGCCGUGUUGUUUUCUCAUUCACCACACAAAUUCCUAAUUCUCACUUUGUUUUCUCUCUCACAACCAUUCUAGUCUGUAAUUAAUUAUCUUUAGUUCAAUCGUGUCUGUAGUUGUUUGAAGCAUUGUGCUAUUGUUCCGGUUUUGGUCUCCGAGGAUUGUGUCGGAUUCCGAUGAAUUAUGUAAAAAAAGCUGCGCAUGUCGACCCCAUUUUCGCAGCACAUGGAUGCCGCUGACAACAACAACCCUAAGGAUUAUUACAAAGUGCUGGAGGUUGAUUAUGAUGCAACUGAUGAGAGUAUCAAAUUUAAUUACCGAAGACUUGCGCUGAAAUGGCAUCCUGAUAAGCAUGGAGGUGACAGUGCUGUUACUGCAAAAUUUCAAGAGAUAAAUGAAGCUUACAAUGUAUUAAGUGAUCCUGCCAAGCGUUUGGACUAUGAUUUAACUGGGGUAUGUGAGAUUGAAAAAUAUAGCUUGCAGGAAUAUCUUGCCAGAUUUAAAGGCAUGAUUCUUACCUGCAAUGGACUUGGUAUCAAUCAAACAGACAGAUGGUCACAACAAUUGAUUGAAAAUUUUGAAUCCCUAGAUAAGUAAGGCAUCUAAACCUCAAUUUGGGCCAGCGGAGUUAUGAAUAAGGAGGAUAUGUCUUUUUUACUUUUACAACUGGCCUAAUCAUGCUCUCAGGUCUUAAAUUCCAUUCCACUCGGUUUCACUGAGAUUUGAAACCUCCAUUAUGGACAACACAACAUAUCGUACAUACUGUUUAUAGAAUGAUCUGUUAUGCUGAACCUUUACGUCCUUGUACAAGUUUUCCUUCAUGCGUCUUAGUUUUUUGACUAGUAGAUAAUAAUUUUGCCUUUUACCUGUAUAUUUAAUCAGUUAAUAAGGCCCUAUUGGUUGAAUUGGUAUUAGUCGGGGUCAGAAUUCUGAAACGCGUGCCCGAUGGUUGAAUGCUUUUUAAUGGACUGUAAUACUAGUAAACAAAAGCGACUAUCAAAUAUUCAUAUAUGAAAGAUAACGGCACUCAACCUUGAAAAAUGCAA